GCGUUGGACACCAGGUCAAGACUGCGUGUGGUGCCUUCAGGGAAACUUGGAAAUUCGAAUAUAUCACGUUUACAGUCUCUGUGUUAAUACGCUUGAUGUAUUCGUAAACAGCAUUGCAGUCGCCAUACAGUCUGAUUUGUUAUGUAUGUGUGUGGUGCAAAUAGAGCCUCCUUCGUCUGCCGCCGUUAGCACCAUGUUCGGCGUCAGAACCGCUCCGGUCCUCGCUGGAGCGGCCCUGGACGCCCGGCUGACUCGACUGUUGACCCGCCGAACCGUGCGCUCCUCCGUCGGCUCCCACACCGUCACCCAGGCGCAGCGCGGGGGCAAUGCUGCCCCGGCGUUUGACUCCGCAGGCGCCAGGUGCUCCGACCAGCCGCGGUCAGCGAGACCUACUGGGACCAGAACCAACGAGGGCAUCGUUGACUUCGAUCAGACCAGAGAGGCUUAUAAAAGCAAGGAGUCGUGGGAACUGUUGAGAAGUUUGCUGGUCUUCAAACUCUGUUCAUAUGACGUCCUGGUUGACAAAAACAAAGAGAUCAUGGAUCUGGCUCAGAGGCUCCUGGGCCGGAGAGCCUUUGAGCAGUUCAUGAAGAUGACGUUUUACGGGCAGUUUGUGGCCGGUGAGGACCACAAGGCCAUCCGCCCGCUGAUCGAGAAGAACCAGGCCUUCGGCGUGGGCUCGGUACUCGACUACAGCGUGGAGGAGGACAUCAGUGAGGAGGAGGCCACGGAAAGCUUGGAGAUCAAUGGAAAUGUCCACGACAGUAAUGAGAAAACAAAGCCACGCGGAGGGACCGGCGCAUACUUUCAUUCAGAUGAGGCCAAAUGCGACCAUCACAUGGAGACAUUUAUUAAGUGUAUCAAAGCGUCAAGUGGAAGCUCCAUGGAUGGUUUUUCUGCUAUCAAAAUGACGGCUCUCGGUCGGCCUCAGUUUCUGCUCCAGUUCUCUGAAAUCUUGGUGAAAUGGCAGCGAUUUUUUGACUUCCUGGCUUUAAGACAAGGGAAGGGUUAUGUGGCACCUUUGGAUCAGAAGCUGGAGCUGAACCGACUGCAGGAGCAACUGACUCAACUGGGUGCACACACUGACUUCUGCAGCUUGCUAGCUGGUCAAACUAAGGAGUCUUCUGGAUCUGUGGACGUGCUCGACUGGAACACCCUCAUAGACGACAGCAUCAGGUCGACAGCGUCACAUCAACUUGUCGUCCCAAAUGUGCAGACUGACGAACUGGAACCUCUGCUGAAGGAUUUCACACCUGAGGACCAGAGACAGAUGAAGAGGAUCCUCCAGCGAAUGGAGGAACUAGCAAAGCACGCGGUGGAGAACCGAGUUCGGUUGAUGGUGGAUGCGGAGCAGACCUACCUGCAGCCGGCCAUCAGCAGACUGACCCUGGAAAUGCAGAGAAUGUACAACAAACGAGACAAACCUGUUGUCUUCAAUACUUACCAGUGCUACCUGAAGGAAGCAUAUGACAACGUCACUAUGGACCUAGAGUUGUCUCGCCGGGAGGGCUGGCACUUUGCUGCCAAGCUGGUCCGAGGAGCCUACAUGUACCAGGAGCGUGACCGGGCUGAGGAGCUGGGCUACGAAGACCCCAUCAACCCAGACUAUGAGUCCACCAACAGAAUGUACCACAGAUGCCUCGAUCAGGUCUUGGAUGACAUCGCGUCCAACAGGACGGCCAACGUGAUGGUGGCAUCCCAUAAUGAGGACACAGUGAAGCACACAUUACGCAGAAUGAGCGAACUGGGUCUGCAGCCCACUGAGAACAUGGUGUACUUUGGCCAGCUGCUGGGCAUGUGUGACCAGAUCAGCUUCCCGCUGGGUCAGGCUGGCUUUCCGGUCUACAAGUAUGUUCCCUAUGGGCCGGUGAGUGAGGUCAUGCCCUACCUGUCUCGGAGAGCCCAGGAGAACCGCAGCAUCAUGAAGGGAGCCAAGAAGGAGAGGGAGCUGCUGUGGAAGGAGCUGAAACGAAGACUCGCCUCUGGGGAGCUCCUCUACAGCCCAGUGCACUGAAGGCUCCAGGAGAUACUGAGCAGCCAAGAAAUAGAGAAAUAGGAGAACUUUAUCUUUCAUGUUUUUGUUCACUUAGCUCAGACUUUUGUUGUUUGUCAUUACAGUUUGUCUUAAAAAUCAAACAAGCAAAUGUUUUGGAUCAGAUAACUAAUUGAUAAAUAUGACAAAAUAAUAGAUGUUAUCAAGUUAAAGGGGAAAAAUAUGACAGAAAUAUUUAGGGAUCAUUAUUCUAAAUAUAAGGAAAACAUAAAAUAAUGGUGUCCUGUUACUGACACCUGUUUUCAGCAGAGAUUAAAUCCCAUUCGGAGCAUUUGCCUUGUUUUCCAUUGAAAACUGCUCUAAGAAAAAUACUUUUAGAAUUUAAUUCUUUACGCUGACUCACAGUUUGUCUGUUACAUUAAGAUGUUGUGUUUGGAGAUGGCCUCAACACAUUUUUUCUGAGUUAAUGUUCUUUAUUUUACAUUAUAUUGGCCUCCUUCUCCCGCUAGCUUUCCACUCUCUCUGUAUUCCGUCGCUGUGCCUUCCCAUCAUGUGCAGCUUUAAUCUAUCAGGCAGUCAUCUUUACUGCUCCUAGAGGACCCUGUUAAAUGUCAACGCAGUCGGGGGUGAACCCUUUUUUUCAAACACUAAAGUGAUGUGGCGGAACGUCAACAGUCAUGAACGUAACGAGCCUCAUUUAAGUGCAACAUCAAUAAUCACUCGACGGUUCUCAGGACUUUUGAGACUCACUUUUGAUGUGUUUGCUUAUGUAAUGAGUGCAUCAGGAAAUACUGUGUGGUGCAACGGUUGACACAGCUGAACUAGCAAAUCGAACAAAUGUCAGGGAAAAAAUGGUCAUGCAUUCAUAAAGGUGAAGUGGUGAAUGUGAAUAUAUAGCUUGAGGUAAAUUUGAGGGUUUUUUUGGUCUUUGUUACAAACCUUUUUGAAGGAGAUGACGAUUCCUCGCCGGUCACUCACGUGGCUCGCAGCCGGCGAUGACCCAUGAGACAUAAACUCACUUUAGUUACGGUGUCAAUGCCUUUUGUGAGAUUUACGUUUACAUUGUUUUUUGU